AAGCAUUUCUUAGUUUAUUGCUCUUUGCAUUAUUAUGUCAUUACCAUUUUCAUCAGUUUUAUCGUUUAUAACUUCUGGGACAAUUUAUCGAUUUAUUAGACCUGAUUAUAUUGACUGAAUUUUUCACUCCGCAGUGAUUAAACUGACUUUUCCCUCAUGUGUAGAAAGUUCCCACUUGUUCUUCUCCAGCUGGUCUGGAUAAAUCACUCGUCUUCUAGAAAGCGUUCCUGGUGAUGCUCCGCCCCCUUCCCUCCCUCCUGGUCCGUCCAGCCGCUCCGUCAGUCUGGGUUCAGAUCGUUUCUGUAGCUGAAGGAAAGAUGUCGCUCCACAGCCUGCUGGCUCUGCUGGGACUCCUCAUCCUCUGCAAAGGUGAGUCCGGCACCGAGGAUCCCUGCGAUAACUUCACCGACCUGGACCUGUCCCACUGCUUCAUGGGAACCAGCCUGUACGUCCGCCUGCUGCUCUACACGCGCUCCAACCCGGACUGCGGCCGCGAGGUCGCCCACCACCACCUGUCCUCCCAGCCGCUCCUGGACCUGCGCCGCCCCACCGCCUUCGUCAUCCACGGCUACCGGCCCACCGGGGCGCCGCCCAUCUGGAUCAACCACAUCGUGCGCCUGCUGGCCGAGCAGGAGGACAUGAACGUGAUCGUGGUGGACUGGAACCGAGGAGCGGCCAACCUCAACUACUUCACCGCUGUGACCUACACCAGGGAGGCGGCGCUCAACCUGACGGGCUUCAUCAGAACCAUGCAGGAAGAAGGCGCCUCUCUGAGCUCCAUCCAUCUCAUCGGCGUCAGCCUGGGAGCUCACCUGGCCGGAUUUGUUGGAGCGAACCUGAAGGGAGCGAUGGGCCGCAUCACAGGUUUGGACCCGGCCGGGCCGAUGUUCACCAGGGCCACCCCAGAGGAGCGGCUGGACCCGUCAGACGCCAUGUUUGUUGAUGUUCUGCACACCGACAUGAACUCAUUCGGGCUGCAAGGAGCUCACGGUCACAUUGAUUUCUACGCCAACGGUGGAAUCGACCAACCAGGAUGUCCCAAAACCAUCUUCUCAGGUAAAUCGUACUUUGUGUGCGACCAUCAGCGCUCCGUGUUCCUGUUCCUGUGCGCCCUGAACCGGACCUGCCGGCUCACCGGAUACCCCUGCUCCUCCUACAGCCGCUUCCUGGACGGACAGUGUCUGCAGUGUGACGCCUUCAAGCCUGCUUCCUGUCCUGUGCUCGGCUACAACGUCAGCCAGUGGAGAGACGCUCUGGUGAAGAUGGGACAGACCAAAGUCUUCUUCAGCACCACAGCCGCCCUGCCCUACCAGAAGCUGAGCUACAGAGUGGACAUGGUGACGUGGAACCAGUACCUGCGCUGGGGGGUCGUCUACAUCCGUCUGCACAGCGGCAGGAACUUCACUGAGGCCCGGAUAGACCAUAAGCUGCAGCGCCUGGAGCAGUACACCUCCACUCGGCUGCUGGCCCAGUUCGACGAGGAUCUGCAGAACGUCCAGAAGAUCUCCGUUAGGAUCAACACCGGGAACAUCAUAGGCCCUCGCUACAAGAUCAGGCUGCUGAGGAUUCGCUUCACUCCGCUGGAGCGACCCGACAGGCCGGCCAUGUGCCGCUUCGACAUCAUCAUGGAGGAAAACAUGGAGGUGGCGUUCAGACCUCUGCCCUGCGACUCUCGCCUCUGACGUUUCCACGGAAACCAACCCGACCGAAACCCGGGUCGGACUCGGCUCUGACCGGUGACCUGCCGCUGCUGUCGGUCGCCCCUGGUAACCAGAACCAGGAAGUGGACGGUUGAUGCUGAGGACAGAUUAGAACCAGAGGGGAGAUGAAGCUCUGGAUUAUUAAUCCAAUCGGCUUCAGUUACUCAGUGGCUGCAGAGGUUCAUUCAUAAAGAGGUCCGUUAUAGACAUGGCUGCUAAACAGAGAACUACAUAUUCAUUACAUUAAUGCAGCCGAUCCAUUCACUGCAUAUUACCUUUUAAAGUAGCCUUGGUAAUUAUUUCGGCAACUGGCUGCGGUUUUACUCAGGUAUAAAAACACAAACUCAACAAACUCAGCAAAGAAUCAGUUUAAACUGGAUGUUUAGUUAGCAGCAGCUCAUCACAAAGACAAAAACUAUCAUUUUUCAUUUCAUUUUAGGAAGGUAAAUAAUUUGCAAUCUGUCCAUUUUUAGCUUAAUCCAUCCUAACUAAUGACCUGCCUGUAGGAAAAUCAUAAUUUCAUCAGCAAACACUCUUCAGUGCGGAAGAAAAGACGUUUAUAAACAAAUCAAAUGAAACACAAAACCAGCAGGAAGUUUAAAGUGUUCAUUUAUGCAGAGAACUGAUGAACAUGCUUUUCAUUUCAUAUCCACAGUUUUACAUGUUUCCUGUUUGAUAUUGAAGGUAACAAAGACUUAAAUACCAAAUUGCAGUUGUAAGAUGCAGAAUGAAAAUCUGAAUAUGGUGCAUCACUUAACUAGCUUCUCUUUUGCAAUCUGAACUACAAAGUACCAAGAUCUCAUGGCCUGCUAAAUGUCUUAACUCUUCCUGUCCAGAUUAUGAGAAUAUUUGAAGUUGAGUUGCUUUUUAUUUCUAGAAACCUUAAAUUUCAGAUCAGUGUCUGGUUUGUGAAAACACAUUUCUUCUUGUCUGUGCCUUUCUUUUUGCAGCUAUGACUAUUUUUAAUCUGCAGCUCCUUUUAAAGAUCCAUCUGAAGAUGCUGCAGUGAUGUGAGGAAGCCUACCAGGAAUUUAUUUAUAGUAAAUGUGACCAACUUAGCAGCAGCUUCUCUUCUGUACGAUUUAUAGAAAAUAUUUGCUUUUUUGUGCAUUAUUUUCACACUGUCAAAAAAUACAAUAAAAGCCAAUUAAUAAAUGUUCGAUUUGGUCUUAUUGGUUGAAGAAAUGAAGUUGUUCAGAUGUUUGUAGCGUCGCGAAAUGCAAAGGGGGCGGAGCUUCAAGCAAUCAAAGAUAAUUGG